AAUACCCCUUCUCUCUGCUCUCUUCUAUGUAUCUUUUUAAUUUUUAUUUAACGUAUCUAUUUGCAGUUUGCACUGUCUCUUCCCUAGAGAUUCAGAUUAAGAGAGGUUCUGGUUUUGUUGGAUAUUAAGGUGGUUAUACAGGUACAAUGUCCGCUUGCAAAGACAAAGAUCCUCGUAUCAAUGGCAUCAAAACUACCAUUCGUGUUGUUCCUGAUUUCCCUAAGCCAGGUAUUAUGUUUCAAGAUAUCACUCCUCUCUUUCUGCAACCCAAAGCAUUCAAAGAUUCCAUCGAUAUAUUCAUCGAGAGAUAUCAAGGAAAAAAUAUUUCAGUUGUUGCAGGGAUAGAGGCUCGCGGUUUUAUAUUUGGUCCUUCUAUUGCAUUGGCUAUAGGAGCAAAAUUUGUUCCUUUGAGAAAACCCAAGAAACUCCCCGGCGAAGUUAUUUCAGAAGAAUAUAUUCUGGAAUAUGGAAGGGAUUGUCUUGAGAUGCAUGUGGGAGCAGUUGAACCAGGUGAACGUGCUUUGGUGGUUGAUGAUCUCAUUGCUACCGGUGGCACCCUCUGUGCAGCCAUGAACUUACUGGAACGGGUUGGAGCUGAAGUAGUUGAAUGUGCAUGUGUUAUCGAGCUACCAGAUCUAAAGGGUCGGGAGCGGUUGAAUGGCAAACCAUUGUAUGUACUUGUGGAGGCUUAUUGAUUUUGAUAGAUUAACCCUUUCCUGAGCAUGGCAAAAUGUACAUUAGAGGGCAAAUUUGGCUACCCUUUCAUCAGGAAUCUGCUUCAACUGUUUCCAUGAUUUGCGAAUUUUGAUUAUUUGAGAGCCUUGUAGCGAAUAGAAAAAAUUGAAUUUAUGCAAAGGACUUGAUUUGAGCACUGCUUGUAGGAUUUCCUUUAAAGAAAUGACUUUACAUGUCCCCAACUAAUACCAGUAUUGAAAUGUGAUUGCUUAUAUUAAUAUGGCUAGACUUUUGGAAGCAAAAA